AUGGAAGCCGCUGGGCUGGCAGUCGGCGUCGUCGGGCUGCUGGCUCUGUACGAUGAGGUCGCCAGCACACUGUACUCAAUCAAACACUUCUCCUCCGAAAGCCUCCGGGUGACGUCCCGGUAUAACGCAACAAAAGUCCUAUUCGAACGAUGGGGGAGGGGGUUUCGAGCUGCAGAAAAUAGCGGCGUGCAUCCAAACCUCAGGCACCAUGGUCAGAGCACAGUCACUGCUGUUGCAGACCUGCUGAGAUCCAUCCGCGACGUGUUCGCAAAGGCCGACUCGACCAUGGCCAAAUAUCAUGAUCAGAAUCCGUUUCUCGCGAGUGAGCCUGACUCAGUCAAAGCGCACUUCAGAUCCCGUGUCAAGUGGGCCGUUGCAGACAGCAAAAAGCUCUCCAGCCAGGUCCAGGAUUUUGAUGAUUUGGUGCAGAAGCUCUAUUCACUUGUUCCUCCAGAGGGCCUCCAAGAUGGCGAAUUCCGGAAGUUGCAGGAUGCACUCGUUCAGCGGCAGCACACUGAAGCCCUCGAUCGAGUUAUAAGCUGGCUGGAUGCAACGACCACUGAGAAUAGUUAUGACGCCUACUGCUCCGCGCGUCUUGAUACCACCUGCAGCUGGAUCGACACGCACCCUGUCUAUCAAGCUUGGAGUUCAGAAGAAAUAGUCAAGUCGUCCAAGGUACUAUGGAUCAACGGCCCACCUGGUUUUGGAAAGUCAGUUCUGUGCGCAUAUAUUAUUAGGUCGCUCCUAAGCAAGAAUCAUUCUCCAGUUUACUACUUCUUCUGUUCUGGCGACAGCGAAUCUCAGCGGAACCCUAGUUCAAUUCUACGGGCAUGGAUGCACCAGGCGAUACAUCAAGACGAAGCUAUACUUGAUACCGUACUCCAGUAUCUCAUUUCAUGCCUAAAUACCAAGGCAACGCUCUCGGAUCUUUGGCAGUUACUGAAGAAGCUCAUGUCACACAGUCCAAACGCUGUGUUUGCGGUGGACGGUCUGGAUGAGUGUCCGCGAAGUACAAACAGGGUUGACUUGCAUCGCACCAGGGAGGACAUUCUAAACGAGCUUUUGAAAGUGGCAGCAGAGGCUGAGGCUCGAGUGCUCGUGGUCAGUCGAAACGAGGGCGAUAUCAGGUCCCAACUGAGCCCUCAUGGUCCACAGCCACCAGGCCUCAAGAUAUACGAGCUUCCAAUCAGCAGAGAGCUUGUUUCAGAUGAUGUUACACGCUUCGCAACGCACAUAGUUAACCAUAAGCUCCCCGCAAAGCCGAAUGAAUUCAAUGAAACUCUUGCAGCCCGGAUGGCCAAAAGGGGGGAUGGAAUGUUCUUGUUUAUACGACUACAGAGCCAGAAUCUCCGUCCACGUAAAGGAAACAGUCAGCUCGAACGCGCGGUAGACGAGAUGCCAACUGAGCUGUCUCGAAUAUACAGCCGCAACUGGAGUAAUAUCCAGAAUUAUAGCGCAUCCGACAAGCAGCUCGCAGAGGCAAUUCUACGCUGGGUGACAUUCGCCCGACGCCCACUCACUAUCGCAGAGCUUUCUGAGAUUGUUGCAGUCUUACCUGGCAACAACGAUGACAGUCCCCAGUUCGAUGAUCUUCCAGAUCCAUUCGACAGUGAUUAUGUGGACUCCGAGAUUCUUGGUCUAUGCGGCUCCUUUCUAGAGCUGCGAACGGCCGGGACAGACACAAAGUGGGAGUCCCAAACUGUCCACUUGAUCCAUUACUCUGCGGAAGAAUUCCUCUUGGGCAAUCGUGACGAUGCCCCAUUCUUGAACCGCCCAUUACAGCAUCGUAAUCUGCUUAAAUGCUGUCUGACCUACCUGAACGACGAAGCUACCUGGCAGUCUAACGGCUGCGAGGAUCGCAAUCCUAUCUACAAACGUCCAUUUCUUGAAUACUCUGUUUUCAAGUGGUAUAGUCAUUUGCGUUCAUCAGAAGAACAUCUCGCCGACCUAAACCCACAACUGCAGUGGUUCUUUGGCAUGCACAAUUCUAAUUGGGAGAACUGGAGACGGUUGUAUGAGAGAUCGCGCGACGCAGAUUCAAAUAUACAAGACCCGGGGGCUUAUCCAAGUCAAUCCAGUGCAGUUGAUCCAGAUUCCCGGACCCAGUCCAUGUUGGGACGAAGAUUCCAUUAUGCAGCUCUAUUUGGACUUGAGGGGGUUAUUAGGUACCUACAUAGUGCAGAGAAGGUGGGCAUCAACGACAGUGAUGGACUGCUUGGCAACCCAAUUCUUGUCGCCAUUAGCAAUGACCACCUGGCUGUUGUUAGGUUUUUACUUGAAGCCGGUGCCGAUGUCAAUCCGCCCAGUGCUGGAGGUGUCACUGCUCUGCAGGUAGCGGUCGCUUUGGAUCAAGUCAAGACCGUCGUCGAGCUACUGCAGCACGGGGCAUCUGUAUCAGACUCUGCUGACGAUGGCUGCACCUGCCUUCACCUCGCGGCAGAAUAUGGGCACGCAGAGAUAGCCAGGAUACUCAUUGAAAAUGGGGCCGACAUCUCAUCUACCGAUCAAGGUGGAUAUAGCCCUCUCCACAGAGCAGUAUCGAGCGAGCACGCCGACAUCACCAAAUACUUGCUUGAUUGUGGUGCAGAUCCCACCGCCUGUUCGAAUCUCGGGAGGACACCUUUGCAUAGUGCAGCGUAUUGGGGCAAUCAUGAAGCCACCAAGCUACUACUCGGUAGUUCCGGCGCUGAUAUUGCUGCGUCCGACAGUUGUAACAACACCCCGCUACACUUGGCAGCCUGGAAUGGCCGUUACAAGGCUGUUCGGCUUUUUCUAGACUCCGGGGCAGAUGUUUCCCAACACAAUCAGUACGGAAUGACACCUUUGGCUAUGGCAUCUUCCCGGGGCCAUCUAGAGGCGGUGAAAUUGCUCGUUGAAUUUGGUUCAAAUGUGUCGACCUCUGAUCGGGAUGGAGAGACUGCCUUGAAUUUUGCCUCCUACAACGGUCACACGGAAGUAGUGAAGCUUCUCGUUGAACUUGGUGCAGAUGUGUCAACCCCCAAUAAUAAAGGACACACCCCACUGCAUUCAGCCUGUUUUAAGGGCCACCCCGACGCAGCCAAAGUGCUUAUUGGAGCCGGUGCCUCUAUUUCAAGGCUUGAUGCCGAAGGAGAUAUCCCACUAAAUUUGGCCGCCUACAAAGGUCAUGUCGAGACCGUGAAAGUCCUCAUCGAAGCUGGUAGCGAUGUGAAUAUCCCGGAUAAAUGUGGGAUGGUACCCCUGAGCUAUGCGUUCAAGCAUGAAUUAGAGGAUUUGGUUCUCGUUCUCCUUGAUAACGAGGCAUCCUUGGACUUUCUCGACUUCCGUGGACGACCAGCAUGGGGAUAUGCCAGUGCAGAGUUUCGAGCCAGGAUUCCUCAGUGCGAGCAUUGCAAAGCUCCCUCUGAGUACGCCCAGAAGCAAAGAGCUAGACUGGCAAUUCAAAAGAUUGCAGAGGCAGCAAGCCCCCAGGUGGAGAAGGACGUGACUGUGCUAAGUUGUCUAGGAAACUGCCUCCAAAGGCUGCAGGACUUCCCGUCUGCUUCUAUUGUCUUCAAUCAAACAGUCUGCGCCAAGUCAGAAGAGAGCGGAUGUUACAUCCCCGAUAUUUUUUGCAACGGCUGUGGUGAGGAUAUUGUCGGCACAGCGUACUCUUGUUCCGUCUGUCCAGAUUUUGACCUAUGCACAUCAUGUAUGAGGCAGUAUUCAGAGGGUGGCCGCUUUCGUGAUUGCGUCGGACAUGAUUAUCUGCGUGUACCAAGCGACGAUUGGAAUCCCGAGGAGUUAAGUGAUGUUUACACACAAGAAUUCGUGGACUGGCUCAAGGACCUUGCUCUUCGAUACCAGAUGGAGAGUAUAUAG